UGAGAAAUCUCCAUUUCCUUUCAGACAUGGAGCCACCACUCAAGCUCUCCCUCCUCCACCUCCUCCUCUUCUCCGCCUGUCAUGUCAUCCUCCUCACCACCGCUUACUCCAUCGGCGUCAACUACGGCACCAUAGCGGACAACCUCCCGCCGCCCUCCAAAGUCGCCACGUUUCUCAAGACCAAGACCACCAUCGACCGCGUCAAGAUCUUCGACGCCAACCCCGACAUCCUCCGCGUCUUCGCCGGCACCAACAUCGCUGUAACCGUCACUGUUGGAAACGGCGACGUUCCCGCCCUUGCCAAGCUCUCCGCGGCGCAGUCAUGGGUGGCCGACAACAUCCUGCCGUUCCACCCGCGCACGACCAUCAACCGAAUAGCCGUGGGCAACGAAAUCCUCGCCACGUCGGACAAGGACCUCAUCGCGCACCUACUGCCGGCUAUGAAGUCACUUCACUCGGCGCUCGAGCUCGCGAACAUCUCCUCCAUUCAGGUGGGGACACCUAACUCUCUGGGAAUUCUCGCCCCCAACACGGGUCCACCGAGUGAAGGCCGAUUCCGAACGGGUUACGACCGAGUGGUUUUCGCUCCGAUGCUCGAUUUCCAUCGCCAGACCAAGUCCCCGUUUCUAAUCAACCCGUACCCGUUUUUCGGAUCCGUUCCCGAGACUCUAAACUACGCGCUGUUCAAGCCAAACGGCGGCGUUUUCGACAACGCCACGGGGAUGAACUACACGAACAUGUUCGACGCCCAGAUAGACGCGGUUUAUACGGCGAUGAAGAAGGUCGGUUACGAGGACGUGGACAUCGUGGUGGCCGAAACGGGUUGGCCCUCCGUAGGUGACCCGACCCAGUCUGAUGCGACCGUCGACAAUGCGGCAUCGUAUAACGGAAACCUCAUCAAGCACGUGAGCUCAGACAAAGGCACGCCGCUGAUGCCGAACCGGACGUUCGAGACCUACGUCUUCGCGUUGUUCAACGAGAAUCUGAAGCCGUCGAAGUCGGAGCAGAAUUACGGGUUGUUCAAACCCGACUUCAACCCGGUUUACGAUGUGGGCAUUUUGCGCAACCAACGGGCAGCGGCUCCCAAGUCGAGCGUGGCGGCUGGUCCCAACUCGGGGGUGGCCGCCGGACCAAAGUCUGGAGUGGCGGAGGGGCCCGCGUCCGGUGGAGCACAAGCACCGUCGCCGUCGGCGGGGAAGACGUGGUGCGUGCCGAGAUCGGACGCUUCGGAUGCGGCGCUGCAAAAGAACAUAGAUUUCGUGUGCAGCAGUGGAGUGGAUUGCAAGCCCAUACAGGAAGGUGGGCCCUGUUUUCAGCCCAAUACGGUGAAGUCACACGCUGCUUACAUCAUGAACGCAUAUUACCAGGCGAAUGGUCCGCAGGAUUCCAACUGUGACUUCAAGCACACCGGAGUCGUCACCACCACCGAUCCCAGUUACGAUGCGUGCACGUACCCGUACAAGGCGGAGAAGUCGGAAAAGACGGUGGCGGGGGCUUCAAUUAAAAUGAAAUGUGACAGAAUGGCAGGGGUAUUUAUGAUAUUAGCCUCUUGUAUAAUGCUAGUUUAAAAGAAAAAAUUAAUGAUGUUUGAUUGUUAAUUUAGGAAAUCUAGCUAAUUAAGCUAUUAAUUAUUAUUGGGUAGCCAUUUUUUGGGUUCCAAAUUCCAACGGCUAGUUUUUUAAGCUGCUCAGAUGUAUGAAACUUGAAGUUAAUAUAUUGAAAAGAUUAUGGAUUA